AUGGCGUCUCUGUUCAAUUUCAACCCUCUUUUCAAAGCAAAGGGGAAGCUGCUCAACAUCCUCAUCACCAUCGCGUCCACCUGCGGUUUUAUCCUCUUUGGCUACGACAAUGCUCUGUUCUCAGGCCUCAUUAUAUGCCCGUGGUUUCUUCGAACGUUCCACAACCCGAAUGCCAAUCUUUUAGGGACCAUCUCGGCGACGUACAAAUUAGGCGGCUUUGCUGGCGCCGUUAUCGCCUUCUUCAUCGGCCAGCCUCUCGGGCGUAGGAAGACUGUUCUCACGGGCAUUGCAAUCACCGCAAUAGGGGCGAUCCCGUUCGCGGCGGCGACCAACAUUGCACAACUUACAGCUGGCCGCACAGUCUGCGGUGUAGGCGUAGGCAUUAUGUCUUCGACUCUACUUUGCGGAGCGACUCUUGGUCUUUUCCUAGCACAAUGGAUUAACUAUGGAUUCUACGACGUCGAGACAAGGGUGGCGUACGCCUUUCCGGUUGCCUUCCAAGCCGUCUUUCUCCUAACUUCGACGGUACUAAUCUUGGGCCUGCCCGAAUCCCCUCGAUGGCUCGCUAAGCAGGACCGUACGGAAGAGGCAUUGGAGGUGUUGACUCGUCUGGCCGGAGAAGAGAAAGCCCGCGAGCGGCUCGCGAGCAUUAUGGAGGUUAACGAGCUGGAAAAAGAUACACAUCGGAGCAAGUUCCAAGCUCUCUUUACGAACGGUCCGACACAGAACUUUCGACGGCUUUGUCUUGCGUGCGGCGUUAUGACUAUGCAUCAACUCACUGGCGUGAACAGCGUAACGUAUUACCUGCCCAGGCUCGUCACCGAAAUCCUCGGAGCCUCACGCAAAGAAGCCCUCUGGAUCUCAGGCCUGAGCUCCGUCGAAACGCCAAUAGCCAACCUAAUCUCCCUCUUAACUGUUGACAAGGUUGGGCGAAAGCCUUACUUAUUCUGGAGAUCAGUUGGCCAGGGCGCAGCCUUCAUGGUCGUUGCUGCGCUGCUAAGGGACCACACCAGAUGGGGAUGGACACAAGGCCUUUGGAAUUGCCACGAUCGUGAUGUUGUUCCUGUUCUAUUGGACGAAUGCGCUGUGCUGGUUGGGACUGUCAUGGGCGUACUGAAGUGCUCCCUCUCCAAAUUCUUCAUGAUGGUGAAGAUCACCCCUGUUGCCAUCGCCAACAUCUAUUACAAAUUCUACAUCAUCCUGGCAGUCUUCAACGUAUGCUCAGCGGUCGUGAUCUGGUUCUUCUACCCAGAGACAGCUCGGCUCAGUCUGGAAGAAAUGGAUCUGAUGUUCGCACAAAAGUAUGGCAAUGUCGAGGUUGACAAGAUUGAGAAGAUUCAGUUGGAGCAUGUUGAGCGGGCCCAUGUGCAGACUGAUGGGAAGUGA